AUUUGGUCGAUCAACAGCCUCACAUUGAGGGAUACUGACCCAAAACAAGAAUCAAUUUCCACCCUCAAGCUCUUUCUCCCUUCAUUGGCUUAUCCCAUUACCCACGGAUGUGUAAACCAACUGGUUGUUUCACCAUGUCACUUGUCCUCAUCGGAUUCUUUCUCUAUUGUAGCCAAUUUUUUUUCGUGGAACAUUCUCGUUUCGGAGGUUCGAAUAUUCGUUUCUGUGUUUUGGUUGGAUUUUACAUUUUGGUGCGCGUUUUGAACUGGAAAAGAGGACAAGCGGAACUUGAUGAUGAGUUCUCGGUCCAUAACAUACCGGGGACGCCUACCCAAUUCUCAUACAAUGAUUUGAAAACCGCAACCAAUGAUUUUAACAAUAAGCUCGGGGAAGGAGGAUUUGGGUCAGUCUUUAAAGGGACUUUGAGUGAUGGCACCGAAGUAGCAGUGAAGCAUCUCGCCGGAUUAAGUCAGAUCAAGAAGUCAUUCUUGGCUGAAGUUCAGACAAUAGGCAUCAUCCACCAUGUCAAUUUGGUGAAAUUGAUCGGAUUUUGUGCUGAAAACUCUAAUAGGUUUCUAGUCUACGAGUACAUGUCCAACGGGUCCUUGGAUAGAUGGAUAUUCAAAAGACAUCAAGAGCUCACUCUUGGGUGGGAAUCCAGAAGGAAGAUCAUUGCGGAUAUAGCCAAGGGACUAGCCUAUCUCCAUGAGGGAUGCCGACAGAAAAUAUAUCAUUUGGAUGUCAAACCCCAGAACAUCCUCUUAGAUGAAAACUUCGAGGCAAAAGUUUCUGACUUUGGAUUGGCAAAACUAAUUAAUAAGGACGAAAGCCGAACUGUAGCGACAUUAAGGGGAACCCCAGGCUACAUGGCUCCUGAAUGGUUGAGCUCAAUAAUCACAGAGAAAGUAGAUGUCUAUAGCUUUGGGGUCGUGGUCUUAGAGAUCUUGUGUGGACGGAAAAAUUUGGAUAGGUCUCAGCCAGAGGAAGAGAUGCAUUUAUUAGGUUUGUUCGAAAGGAAAGGGAAAGAGGGACAACUUUUGGAUAUGGUUGAUAAAUACAAUGCUGAUAUGCAAUUACACGGAGCAGAAGUGGUGGAGAUGAUGAAGCUUGCAGUGUGGUGUCUACAAAGUGAUUACCAGAGGCGGCCUUCGAUGAGAGUGGCGAUUCAGGUCUUGGAGGGCUUGGUUAGUGUCCAAGACAAUUUGGACUAUAACUUCAUACAUGCUCCGGCAAGAAGAACAAUGGCAGCUACAGGUGAAGACGUGCAUGCUAUUGAUGUUGGCACACCGUUAUUAGCAUCAGUUCUAUCAGGACCAAGGUGAAGGCAAGUUUCUAGGGGGGAAAAAACAUUAGAGUGUAAAUGACGUUGACAAAAUAAGUGAUUAUCCGUAGUAAUUUCGUGUAAAAAACAUGUAAUCCACUUAAGUGCUUUUAUGAUUAUAGUUUUUUUCCUAACUUUUAGGUGAACGUGUCCAAACAAUACUUGGACUUGGUCAUUACUUGGAAACUUCAUGUUUUUGCCACUCUUGGGUGGCUUUCUGUAAUCUAACUUCAAUCUUUUCCAUGCUUCACAAA